UAACUUCAGCUUCAGCUGCAGGAUUUCAACCAGACUUUGUUUGUUCCCCCAGCAGCUGGUGCAAACCUCCUGGUUGUUUCACUCUGUAGAAAUGGCUACAGCUGGUAAGAUCAUCAGGUGCAAGGCGGCGGUGGCCUGGGAGCCCAACAAGCCCCUGGUCAUCGAGGAGAUAGAGGUGGCACCUCCUCAGGCCAACGAGGUUCGCAUCAAGAUUGUGGCCACAGGCGUCUGCCACACAGACCUGUACCACCUGUUUGAGGGAAUGCACAAAGAUGGCUUCCCGGUGGUUCUCGGACAUGAGGGAGCUGGCAUAGUGGAGAGCGUUGGGCCCGGCGUCACUGAAUUUCAGCCAGGGGACAAGGUUAUUCCUCUGUUCAUCUCCCAGUGUCGAGAGUGUCGCUUUUGUAAAARCCCAAAGACCAACCAGUGUGUCAAAGGAUGGGCCGCUGACCGCUAUGAUGUGAUGGCUUUAGAAGAAACCAGACUGAGCUGCAAGGGGAAGAAGCUGCUGCAGUUUUUGGGGACCAGCACCUUCUCUGAGUACACGGUUCUUAACCAGAUAGCAGUGGCUAAGAUCGACCCGGCUGCCCCUCUGGAUAAAGUCUGCCUCCUUGGCUGUGGGGUCUGCACUGGGUUCGGCGCAGCAGUCAACACUGCUAAGGUGGAAGYGGGCUCCWCCUGCGCCGUGUUCGGUCUGGGAGCUGUGGGCCUGGCUGCAGUCAUGGGCUGUAAGUUUGCAGGAGCCAAAAGGAUCAUCGCUGUUGACAUCAACCCAGAGAAGUUUGAGAAAGCCAAAGUGUUUGGUGCCACUGAGUUUGURAACCCCAAAGAUCACAGCAAACCCAUCAACCAGGUGCUGGCUGAGAUGACUGAUGGAGGAGUGGACUACUCCCUGGAGUGUGUUGGAAAUGUUGCAGUCAUGCGCAGUGCCCUGGAGUCUUGUGUGAAAGGUUGGGGUGUCAGCGUGCUCGUCGGCUGGACAGAUCUGCACGAUUUUGCCGCCCGACCCAUUCAGCUCAUCGCGGGCCGUACAUGGAAGGGCACCCUGUUUGGAGGGUUCAAGAGUAAGGACGGUGUUCCUGAGAUGGUGAAGGCCUACCUGGACAGGAAGGUGAAGCUGGAUGAGUUCAUCACUCACAGAAUGACUCUGGAGAAAGUCAAUGAAGCCGUGGAGCUGAUGAAGAAUGGCCAGUGCAUCCGGACGGUCCUGAAAGUUUCUCCUUGAGUCUACAAAGCUCCUUUCAAAAUGUUCCCCUCCCCCAGAGCCUGGCUGGGCGUUUGGCUUUUGUUCAUCUGCAGUUCCUGGUUCAUCUGUCCUGCAUGAUGAUUACAUCUGGGCUCAUGAAACAUUUGGAGAAAAUAAAAUCAUUUACCCUGA